AUGGAGAAAUUAUGCAGAAAAUUCGAUAUACAGCAUUCAUUCUUGACACCUUACUACUCGUCGGCUAAUGGGUUGGUUGAAGCAUUCAACAAGACGAUUGUGAAAAUAUUAAAGAAAACAGUUGUAGAAAACAAAUGCGAUUGGGAUGAGAAGUUGCAAGAAGCUCUAUGGGCUUAUCGAACUACUCACCAUACUGCUACAAAAGCAAUGUCAUAUUCUUUGGUUUACGGGGUUGAAGCUGUUAUCCCCAUUGAAAUGCAAGUUGCAUCGCUUAGAAUAGUAGUACAUCAGUCGAUUACUGAUAAUGAAAAUGCUAACAUCAGGCUAGCAGAGUUGGAUCUACUAGACAAAAAGCGAUUAGUCGCCCAACAGCAAUUACAGUUAUAUCAAGCGAGUAUCUCUACUGCUUUGAUAGAAAGGUCAAGCAUUGCUCCUUCAAAAGAGGAGAUAUGGUGCGAAGAUCAUAUUUCGGACAUCUCCCAGCUUGCGAAAAGUCUCACAGAAAUGAGAUUCGCACAGAGGGGAAAGAUUGAUCUUAGCAAUUCAUGCUGCAUUCUUUAG